AAUGGCGCAGAGUUAUUAAAAAACAGGCAUUUGCGCGGGCUUCCAGCUCAAAUCUUCUGGUUGUUGUGGAAGACGCGUCUACAGCCCGCGUGCCGCACAAAGACUGAACAGUUGACGCGGUUUUUUCAUCGUCUACGUCGUGAUUACUCCUCUCUGCAGCCUCCUUCUCCUGGAGCAGCGCUGAAAAACCGGCACCAACUUUUACGUUCUUUCUAUUCGAGCUACGUAACCCUCCACCACAGCAACCAUGUUUGAGGCUCGCCUGGUCCAAGGUUCCAUCCUGAAAAAGGUCCUGGAGGCCCUGAAAGAUCUGAUCACAGAAGCCUGCUGGGACGUCAGCUCCUCGGGCAUCUCUCUGCAGAGCAUGGACUCCUCUCAUGUAUCCCUGGUCCAGCUCACUCUCCGGCACGACGGCUUCGACUCCUACCGCUGCGAUAGAAACCUCGCCAUGGGAGUCAACCUUAGCAGCAUGUCCAAAAUCCUGAAGUGUGCAGGAAAUGAGGAUAUCAUCACUCUGAGAGCAGAAGACAACGCCGACACGCUCGCCCUUGUGUUUGAGACUAUCAACCAAGAAAAAGUUUCCGAUUAUGAAAUGAAGCUGAUGGACCUGGAUGUGGAGCAGCUGGGCAUUCCGGAACAAGAGUACAGCUGUGUGGUAAAGAUGCCCUCCGGAGAGUUCGCUCGUAUCUGCCGUGACCUGUCGCAGAUCGGCGACGCCGUCAUGAUCUCCUGUGCCAAAGACGGAGUGAAAUUCUCCGCCUCAGGAGAGCUGGGUACAGGAAACGUCAAGCUGUCCCAGACCAGCAAUGUGGACAAAGAAGAGGAGGCCGUCACCAUUGAGAUGAACGAGCCCGUCCAGCUGAUUUUUGCCCUCAACUACCUGAACUUCUUCACUAAGGCCACUCCACUUUCAAAGACCGUUACCCUUAGCAUGUCUGCUGAUAUCCCCCUUGUGGUGGAGUACAAGAUUGCCGAUAUGGGACACGUCAAAUACUACCUGGCCCCGAAGAUCGAUGAAGAAGCUUCUUAAGUUGGACAAAAAAGGGGGUAGAAUGGAGAUCGGGUGUCUGGGACUCUUCCUGAGUGAAAGAAGGACUGAAGUGAUCUUACCGUGGUGAACUGUGGUUACUCCGAGGUUCCUGGCGGAGUUCCAGGGAUCCUCAGAGUAGCUGGCAGACAGAUCUGUUGCAGUUUCCAGCACUUUUUAAACCAGUUCUCUCCCUCUUUUUUUUGUUUUUUCCCGUCUGUUUGCAAGGAAUCCAUUCUGUUGUAGAUAACACCUCUGUAAAUAAUUCAUGUGGCUUCACACUGCAAGAUCCAAAUAUUUUGUACUCAUAAAUUCAAUCGGAAAUAAAAGUUGUUUAAAAAAAAAAA